AUGGAAACUUAUUUAUUUGAAUUUAUUGAAGCUUUUACGCAUUUAAUACUUUAUAUAACAAGCAUUUAUUCUAAUGAAUAUUUUGAAAAAAGAAGAAAAUUCAAUGCUUUAAUAUGGCAUUGUACAAAUAAAGAAGUAGAAAAAUAUAUACAACAGGCAUUGUAUCCUAUUAAAAAAUUUUUGUUAAAUAAAAGUUUAUAUAAAUUUAGAAUCAUUUUAAAAAAUUUGAAAAAUGAGGUAUUAAAUAUAUAUACCGUCGAGUUUGAGCAAUUCUACAAAAAUUAUACACAAUUUAGUUACUCUUCUUUUGAACAAUUUGUUUGGGAUUUUUUUACUUACAUUGAAAUGCAAAUAUACGAAAAUUAUAACAUAGAGAAGACAUUUGAAAUAUCUUUUGAUAUUCUGAGAGAUGAUGAAGAUAAUAUCUUAUUAAAUGAGAAUUUAAAAGAUGAUUGGGAAUUAAUUUCAUAUGACAAUCUGGAUAUAUUUGAUAAAAAAAUAUUAAAGAGUAUGAAUAUUUCUGAUGAAAAUUCAUCCAAUCCUAUAUGCCAAAUAUAUGUAGAAAGUAGAAAAAGUAUAAAUUGA